AAGGGAAGAGGAGCAACGUGGGACGAGGAGUUGACGGGAGGAAAGUGCGAGUCCGGGCCCCGGAGAAGGCUGGGAGGGAAGCAGGAACCAGAGCGCGGGCCGGGGAGUGCCUGAAGAAGGGAACCGGUUGCCCGAGGCGGGAGUGAGCUCCGCAGUGGCAGUAAUUUCGUCUGAUUUUCGUCCCCCGGCUCCUGGAGCACGGCCUGGCAUACAACUGGCGCUCCGUAGUCUUCAGCUCUUAUGGAUUGGGAGCUGGGAAAGGAAUGAGAAGACAGAAGUCAGAGACAAGAAGAGGCUAACAUGACUGAUACCGCUAUAAUUUAGUGUAAGUCAUCUCUUACCUUCCAAGAGAACCUGCUGCUUGGAACCUCCAGAUGUGCUUCCCUUCUCAUGGACCUAGCCUCUUCUCCAGCUGCUGCCCCAGUGCUUCCUCUGGGCAUGCAGUGGCCCACCCACUCUGGUGGGUGGAUUUGUCCAAUCAGUCCUCUUUGAUAGGACCCAAGACAACCCAGACAGCCUUCACCCAUGGGGCCUUCACCUAAUGCUAAGGAACUGCCUCUUUUCUAAAGAGGACCCCAAAGGAAGGACUGGUCAUCUCUUUCAUAUCUCAAAACCAUGGCUCAGGGAUCAGUGUCAUUCAAUGAUGUGACUGUGGACUUCACUCAGGAGGAGUGGCAGCACCUGGAUCAUGCUCAGAAGACUCUAUAUAUGGAUGUGAUGUUGGAAAACUAUUGCCACCUCAUCUCUGUGGGGUGUCACAUGACCAAACCUGAUGUGAUCCUCAAGUUGGAACGAGGAGAAGAGCCAUGGACAUCAUUUUCAGGUCAUACCUGCUUGGAAGAAAACUGGAAAGCUGAAGACUUUUUAGUAAAAUUCAAGGAACACCAAGAGAAGUAUUCUAGAUCAGUUGUAAGCAUCAACCACAAAAAACUGGUGAAGGAGAAAAGUAAAAUAUAUGAAAAGACAUUUACUCUAGGCAAAAACCCUGUUAAUUCAAAAAAUCUACCUCCUGAAUAUGAUUCUCAUGGAACGAUUUUGAAAAAUGUUUCAGAAUUAAUCAUCAGUAAUCUAAAUCCUGCAAGAAAGAGACUUAGUGAGUAUAAUGGAUAUGGGAAAUCACUCUUGAGUACUAAACAAGAGACUACUCAUCCUGAAGUCAAAUCUCAUAAUCAAAGUGACAGAGCUUUCAGUCAUAAUGAAGUUCUUAUGCAGUAUCAGAAAACAGAAACUCCAGCACAGUCAUUUGGAUAUAAUGACUGUGAAAAAUCAUUCCUUAAAAGGGGAGGCCCGAUUACACAUAAUAGACCUUACAGAGGAGAAAAUCCAUCUGUAUAUAAUAAAAAGAAAAGAGCAACCAAUAUUGAAAAAAAACAUACAUGCAAUGAAUGUGGUAAAUCCUUCUGCAGGAAAUCAGUAUUAAUUCUGCAUCAGGGAAUUCACUCAGAAGAAAAGCCCUAUCAAUGUCAUCAAUGUGGAAAUGCAUUUAGAAGGAAAUCAUAUCUCAUUGAUCAUCAGAGGACUCACACAGGAGAGAAACCCUUUGUUUGCAAUGAAUGUGGUAAGUCCUUCCGCCUAAAGACAGCCCUCACUGAUCAUCAGAGAACACACACAGGGGAGAAAUCAUAUGAAUGUCUGCAAUGUAGGAAUGCCUUCAGAUUGAAGUCACACCUCAUUCGUCAUCAGAGAACUCACACGGGAGAGAAACCAUAUGAGUGUAAUGACUGUGGGAAGUCCUUCCGCCAGAAGACCACACUCUCUCUACAUCAGAGAAUUCAUACAGGUGAGAAACCCUAUAUUUGUAAAGAAUGUGGGAAGUCCUUUCACCAGAAGGCAAAUCUUACUGUACACCAGAGAACUCAUACAGGGGAAAAGCCCUACAUUUGUAAUGAAUGUGGGAAAUCCUUCUCCCAGAAGACAACCCUUGCUCUUCAUGAGAAAACUCAUAAUGAGGAGAAACCCUAUAUUUGUAGUGAAUGUGGAAAGUCCUUCCGCCAGAAGACAACCCUUGUGGCACAUCAGAGAACACAUACAGGGGAGAAAUCUUACGAAUGUCCUCACUGUGGGAAGGCCUUUAGAAUGAAGUCGUACCUCAUUGAUCAUCACCGAACUCACACAGGAGAGAAACCAUAUGAAUGUAAUGAAUGUGGUAAAUCAUUCAGUCAAAAGACAAAUCUCAAUCUACAUCAGAGAAUUCAUACAGGAGAGAAACCCUAUAUUUGUAAUGAAUGUGGGAAGUCCUUUCGCCAGAAAGCAACCCUCACUGUACAUCAGAAAAUACAUACAGGCCAGAAAUCCUAUGAAUGUCCUCAAUGUGGGAAAGCCUUUAGCAGGAAGUCGUAUCUCAUUCAUCAUCAAAGAACUCAUACAGGAGAGAAACCAUAUAAAUGUAGUGAAUGUGGAAAGUGCUUCCGCCAGAAGACAAAUCUUAUUGUACAUCAGAGAACUCACACAGGUGAGAAACCCUAUGUUUGUAAUGAAUGUGGUAAAUCUUUCAGUUAUAAGAGAAACCUCAUUGUCCAUCAAAGAACUCACAAGGGAGAAAACAUUGAAAUGCAAUAAAUGAUGUGGUUUCUUACAUGAAUUCUUUACAAGCUAUUGUAAACCUUUAGUUUUAAAAAGAAAAGCAUGCUGAAACAUGUUAAUGUAAUUUUAAAUCACAAGUCUAAUAAUUAUUAAAGAACCAUACUGAAUAACUGUCUACUGUUUACUAGCAUAUAAAAUGGGUGUGAUCAUUAUUAUUGAACUCUGUUGGCUAUGAAGCUAAAUUUUAAAGUUUUCAACUGCUCUUCCUACUGACUCAAAUAGUUUAUUUUUUAAAAAUACUUAUAUAACACAGGCAGAGACAAGAUACAGAAUGAUUAUAAGCAUUAAUCUCCAUAAGAGAAAAUACUUAUGAACUAUAUUUCUCGUUGCACUCUGUAAUAAAAAGCAGUUAGUUGUUACUUACCUAAGAGUUACCACUUCCGUAGCCUAUAACAUCAAAACGUAGUUUUUGCAUGUUUACAAUUUUAUAUAUAUAUAUAUAUAUUUUAUCAGACAUCAUGAAUUCUUUUACGUCUUGCUUAUUUCACUCAGUGUUUUUAAGAUCUGUACAUUAUUGCAUGUGGCAGUAGUGUAUUUUAAUUUUGCAUACUAUUCCAUUUUAAGAAUAUAUUCCUAUUUAUCCUAUUGAUGGAUAUUUGUAUUUUUAUACUUUUGUGUAAUAAUAAAAUUGCUGCUGUAAAUAUUCUUGUUUA